AUGAAACUUUCUGUCGCUCUUUCUGCCAUUGCGGCCAUUGCCUCCGCAUCCUCGUUCCAGGACCCGCUGAGGUUCGUCUCCAACUCGGAGCCCACCUUGGACCAGCUGUGGGGUGAAGAGUGGCCCUUCACCGGGGUCCAGACGUUCGCCCACCUAAACCACACCAGGUGUCUGCUCAACCCGGACGAGGACUUUGACAUCGGCGUCAUUGGCGUCCCGUUCGACACGGCAACCACCUAUCGCAGUGGCGCCCGGUUCGGGCCUCGGGCGAUCCGCACAGGCUCCCAGAGACAGAACUCCAAGAGAGCUUUCAAUACCAGGGCAGGCAUCAACCCGUACCAGAACUGGGCCAAGGUGCUGGACUGCGGCGACAUCCCGGUGUCUCCGAUGGACAACAAGCUUGCGCUCGACCAGAUGACGCAGGCGUUUGAGGAACUGCUGCUCAGACGCAAGAACGCAGUCGACGGCACAGGACCACCCAAACUCGUGGCUCUGGGUGGGGACCACUCCAUUUUGCUCCCCCACCUGCGGGCCCUCCACAAGGUGUACGGAAAGGUGGCAGUUAUCCACUUCGACGCCCAUCUCGACACCUGGCUGCCGUCCAAAUACCCUUCGUUCUGGUCGAGCGACCAGUCUAAGUUCACGCACGGCUCGAUGCUCUGGAUGGCCCACGACGAAGAGCUUCUCAGCGACAACUACAACGUCCACGUUGGCCUGCGCACAAGAAUCAGCGGAACAGACUGGGAGGAUUACCAGGACGAUGACGACCAGGGCUGGGCAAGAUUCAGCGCAGACGAUGUCUGGAUCAACGGGGUGUCUGGUCUCAACAAGAUCAUCGACACAAUCAACUCCAGAAUCCCCAAGGACUACCCAACGUAUCUGUCGGUGGACAUCGACUGUCUGGACCCGGGCUUUGCUCCCGGCACAGGCACCAUAGAGUCAGGUGGCCUGCUACCAAGAGAGCUGAUAUACCUGCUCAGAAACGUCAACGUGAACCUUGUGGGGGCAGACAUCGUGGAGGUGUCUCCGCAGUUCGACCACGCAGAAAUCACUGCCACCAACGCAGCCGAGGUCGCGUACCAGCUCAUCACGUCGAUGGUCAAACAGCGCAAAGAUUGA